GUCGGCUGCAUAAUUUCGUCUCGGAAAUUUUCACACAGUUGUCAAUUUAUGCCAAUUCUAAUUUUUGAAACCUCAAACUUGUGGUGUAGCAGUACGCAACACGGCUAAUUUAAUCUGAAGGUUAUCUGUCUCCGUGUUUUUGGGCCGACGUAAAGCGAAAACAACUGACUUCUUCACCUGAGGUUUGUUGUCGUUUUCGCAGUUAUUUCGGUGAAAGUCUGUUAUUUGUAUUUGUUUUUUAUUGUGAUAAAUAAUUGGAGUCAAGAAUAAAUAAUAGAGUAGGGUUACUUCUCCCUUUGAGGAGCUACUUGAUAACAUGUCGGCCCCACGGACGAAGGAAGACAUCGAAGCUCAUGCUUUGGAACUGCAAAGGCAAAAGAAGGCUGAAAAUACAGUAGUCUCCGAAGAAGAUAAGGUGGGUCUUGGAAAGCUUGGUGGGUUUGAUUCCGAAAUUUUUGGAGCCAGCAAUAAGUUUGAAGGAUACUACGAUUCAAUUGCACCCAAUGAAGAAGCAGAUGACGACGAUGUUGAUGCAGCCCCUGUGGUUUCUGGUGGCGGAAGAUCUAGGAUUAACUACAACGCCCCAUUGUCAAUUAUUAAUGAAAUACCACAGUCGGAUCAAGAUUUUGAUCCCUUUGCUGAACACAAGCGACCCACUAUUCGAGAUCGACAGAAAAAUAAUUCAUAUUUGGAGAAAGCCAACCAACAGAAACGAAUGCUGUCGCCGGACCGAAUUGAUCCCUUUGCAGACGGUGGAAAAACUCCGGAUGUCGGAUCACGAGGUUUCAAGGAUGUUAUGCUUGAAAAUGAACUGAAAGCUCAAGAACGAGACCUUCAUAAGAGGAUUCAAGAAAAGGGAAGGGACCUGGUUCCAGUCUCUAAUGGAAGUGCAACAAAAACAUCUGCCAAGAAGAGGGGCCGCUGGGAUCAAACUGGUGCGGAUGAGAAUACAGUCCCUACCAAGAAGGUUGCAACGUGGGAAGCAGAAACGCCUGGGCAUAUUGGGUGGGCAGAAACGCCGGGGAGACCUAGCGGAGGAGAAACUCCUGGCGCGGUUCCCUCACAUCAUGUGUGGGAUGCAACUCCAGCCCAUAAGACACCUGAACACGGACAUGCCACGCCAGGACAUGCGUCAGUACGCCGUAAUCGUUGGGAUGAAACGCCCAGAACCGAGCGAGAAACUCCUGGUAAUAAUAGCGGCUGGGCAGAAACUCCCAAAGUUGAUAGAAGUGGCGUGGACAUGAUUGAAAAUACACCCACUCCUUCUGCAAGUAAACGGAGAAGCAGAUGGGAUGAAACGCCUGCUGUUGCAAUGACACCAUCUACUCCUGCCACCCCAAUGACCCCUCACACGCCAAGCAUGAUGACGCCCAGUGGAGCAACCCCCAUGGGUCCGAAGGCAAUGGCAAUGGCUACACCUUCGCCAAGUCAGUUAGCUCAAAUGACGCCAGAACAAUUGCAAGCAUAUAGAUGGGAAAAGGAAAUUGAUGAACGAAACCGACCGUUGUCAGACGAGGAGUUGGACCAAAUGUUUCCUCCUGGUUAUAAAGUCCUACCCCCACCUGCAGGGUACAUACCCAUAAGAACGCCUGCCAGAAAACUGUCUGCCACACCAACUCCUAUCGCUGGGACUCCACAAGGAUUUUUUAUUCAGACUGAAGAAAAAAGUGGAAAAUUUCAAGAAGCCCAACCAAAAGAUGGGAAUUUGCCAUUUUUGAAGCCAGAAGAUGCCCAAUAUUUUGAUAAACUUUUGAUAGAUGUUGAUGAGGAUACGUUGAGCCCCGAAGAGCAAAAGGAACGAAAAAUCAUGAAACUUUUACUUAAAAUUAAGAAUGGGACGCCGCCAAUGAGGAAAUCAGCUUUACGCCAAAUUACCGACAAGGCUCGAGAAUUUGGGGCUGGACCUUUGUUUAAUCAAAUUUUGCCCUUGUUGAUGUCUCCUACUUUGGAAGAUCAAGAGCGCCAUUUGCUUGUCAAGGUCAUAGAUCGUGUCUUGUAUAAACUUGAUGAUUUAGUGCGACCUUACGUCCACAAGAUUUUGGUCGUUAUUGAACCACUGUUAAUUGACGAAGAUUAUUAUGCUCGUGUUGAAGGCAGAGAAAUUAUUUCCAAUUUGGCGAAAGCUGCAGGGUUAGCUACUAUGAUUUCAACCAUGAGACCGGAUAUCGACAACAUUGAUGAGUUCGUGCGAAAUACAACUGCCCGAGCAUUUGCUGUCGUCGCAUCUGCAUUGGGUAUCCCCUCCCUGUUACCAUUUUUGAAAGCUGUCUGCAAAAGCAAGAAAUCAUGGCAAGCUCGUCACACUGGAAUUAAGAUUGUGCAACAGAUAUCCAUCCUGAUGGGAUGCGCUAUUUUACCCCAUCUUAAAAGUUUAGUGGAAAUUAUUGAGCAUGGUCUAGUUGAUGAACAGCAAAAAGUACGAACUAUUACGGCACUGGCAAUUGCGGCCCUAGCAGAAGCAGCCACACCGUACGGCAUUGAAAGUUUUGAUUCAGUUCUGAAACCGUUAUGGAAAGGGAUUCGUUCCCACCGAGGAAAGGGUUUGGCUGCUUUUUUGAAAGCUAUUGGCUACCUCAUUCCUCUGAUGGACGCAGAAUAUGCAAACUAUUACACCAGGGAGGUCAUGUUGAUUUUAAUUCGAGAGUUCCAAUCGCCUGAUGAGGAAAUGAAAAAGAUUGUUUUAAAGGUUGUAAAACAAUGUUGCGCAACUGAUGGUGUAGAACCUCAAUAUAUUAAGGACGAAAUCUUGCCACAUUUUUUCAAACAUUUUUGGAAUCACAGAAUGGCUUUGGAUAAAAGAAAUUACAGACAACUAGUAGAUACUACCGUUGAAAUCGCGAACAAAGUGGGCGCUUCAGAAAUAGUUAACAGGAUUGUUGACGAUUUGAAAGAUGAAAAUGAAACGUAUCGAAAAAUGGUUGUCGAGACCAUUGAAAAGAUCAUGGCGAACUUGGGGGCUGCAGACAUAGAUUCCCGGUUGGAGGAACAACUCAUUGAUGGAAUAUUGUACGCAUUUCAGGAACAAACGACUGAGGACGUUGUAUUGCUGAAUGGAUUUGGAACAAUAGUUAAUCAACUAGGCAAGCGCGUCAAACCUUAUCUUCCCCAAAUUUGUGGAACAAUAUUAUGGAGGCUAAACAACAAGGCCGCAAAAGUUCGACAACAAGCUGCGGAUUUAAUCUCUAAAAUUGCAGCCGUAAUGAAAACAUGCAGUGAAGAAAAACUCAUGGGACACUUAGGAGUUGUGUUGUACGAGUACUUGGGAGAAGAGUAUCCUGAAGUCUUGGGAAGUAUUUUGGGUGCAUUGAAGGCCAUUGUCAAUGUCAUUGGAAUGACGAAAAUGACCCCACCGAUUAAAGAUUUGCUUCCUAGAUUAACUCCGAUCCUUAAGAAUAGGCACGAAAAGGUACAAGAAAAUUGUAUUGAUUUGGUGGGAAGAAUAGCCGAUCGUGGUCCCGAAUUCGUAUCUGCCAGAGAAUGGAUGAGAAUCUGUUUUGAACUUUUGGAAUUAUUGAAAGCGCACAAGAAAGCCAUUCGACGAGCGACUGUAAAUACAUUUGGUUACAUUGCAAAAGCUAUUGGACCGAGUGAUGUAAACCAUGUGCUGUUGGCUAACUUGAGGGUCCAGGAGCGUCAAAAUCGUGUUUGUACGACUGUUGCAAUUGCUAUUGUUGCUGAAACGUGUUCUCCGUUUACGGUUCUCCCGGCAUUGAUGAAUGAAUACCGAGUUCCCGAGUUGAAUGUCCAAAAUGGAGUACUGAAAUCCUUGUCAUUUUUGUUCGAGUAUAUUGGUGAAAUGGGAAAAGAUUAUGUGUAUGCAGUAACCCCACUCUUUGAAGAUGCACUUAUGGACAGGGAUCUUGUGCAUCGUCAAACGUCGUGUGCUGCUAUAAAACAUUUGGCUCUGGGUGUAUACGGUUUCGGUUGCGAAGACGCCUUAAUCCAUCUGCUAAACUAUGUCUGGCCCAACAUAUUUGAAACAUCCCCACAUUUGGUUCAAGCGUUUAUGGAUGCUGUAGAAGGAAUGAGGGUGUCUCUUGGUCCCAUAAAAAUCUUACAGUACACAUUGCAGGGGCUAUUUCAUCCGGCUAGGAAAGUUCGUGAAGUUUAUUGGAAAAUUUAUAACUCGCUUUACAUUGGUGGACAGGAUGCUCUUGUUGCUGGUUAUCCGAGAGUAUCAGAUGAUCCAAAAAACCAGUACACUCGAUGCGAACUGGAUUACGUUCUUUAGAAACCAUGUGCUUAAAUGUGCAGUAGUUGCUGAUUGAAUAACAAGUAUCUUUAUUAUUAUAAAAAAUUAUUUCACUUAGCCGGACUUACUCGAGCAUGACUCGUAAUAUUAUUUCAGACGACAUACAUACUUACGAUUCUUUCUUUGUCAUUAAACUAAAAAGUGUGAGUAAAACUAAGUUGCUAUUAUAUUGUAUACUCGUGAUCAUUAUUUAAAAAUUACCGAUAAUAAAAGAUUUGGAUCAUUAAUCAGUA